AACGUGCGGCCAAAGACUCGUGGAUGCCACGUGCAGAUGGCGUUUGUCGAGCUCUCGUCUCGCGCGACUGGCGUGAUACUUGAGGUUCGAGACUCGUAAUGCUGCACGCCAGUCUGCUGCGAGAAUGGGGCGGUGGAAAGGUGGGCAUUGGAGGGGUUGUUGAGGGGAUGGGUAUAUAGGUAGCUUGGGCUGGGCUGAGGGGAUCAGGGUAUGUUCUCUUUUCGAGCGAGAUAUCUUUCUGGGAAGUUGACUGGAUCCUGUUGCAGUUUGAGCACUCUUCGAACGAGUCGAGUUCAGUCCUAUACACAUUACAGACCAGCUACCUUCAAACUUCAACGCAGUCAUAUUUCCACCAUGGGCAAGCCUCUCGUCCUCGCCAUAGAUGGCACCUGGGUCAACAGCGAUAAUGGCUACAAUGCAUCUAUGUCCGGACCCGGAGCCAAAGGCAGACUGGCAUCGCCCUCGAAUGUCACGCGCAUCUGCCGAGCUGUCCUCCCACGAUCCCCAAGCGGCGUACAACAGCUCGUCUACUACCAAGGAGGACUCGGCAGCGACGCCAAUGCGUACUCAUUUGUCGUCGGCGGCUACCUUGGCAGCGGCAUUGAUGAAGCUAUCCGCGAGGCCUACUCCUUCCUUGCCAUGAACUACGAGGAAGGCGAUGAGAUCUUUUUGGUCGGCUUCUCUCGUGGCGCUUUCACUGCACGAUCUGUUGGCUCUUUGAUCGCCGAGGUCGGCCUCUUAACCAAAGCUGGUUUGGAGUCUUUCUACCCCAUCUUCAAGGACUGGGAGAAUCAGAAUAUUGCUUCGUAUGAGCCUGGCUACGAAAGUGCGGCUUGGCCGAUCGCUGGGAGACCCAAGUUUGGAGACAAAGCAUACAAUGAGCAACUUGCUGGCAAGAAGUUGACAAGACUAAAUAUCCCUAUCAAGGCGAUUGCUGUGUUCGAUACCGUCGGCACCCUCGGCGUUCCAGACGUACGACCAUUCGGCAUCAGCCUCUACAACAGUGCCAAAACCGAAUACUCUUUUGUCAACACGCAAGUAGCACCAAAUGUCGAGAACGCCUACCAAGCCCUCGCUCUCGACGAGCAACGAUACGCCUUCGCACCCACAGUCUGGGAAUCACCACGCGACUCCAGCUCUCACAUGCUCAAAGAACUCAAACAAUGCUGGUUCCCUGGCGUUCAUACAACAGUUGGAGGUGGCUUUCAAGACACGAAUAUCUCCGACAUCACUUUGGCAUGGGUGCUUACACAACUCUCGCAAUUCUUGGCGUUUGACGAAGGCUAUCUGCUCCGACAACGCAAGCAGAACGGAGACUUCUACAUCGAGAAGAAGACAGAAGAGGAAGGAAGAGGCUAUGGCUUGGGACUCAUCAAAGCCUCAGAUGGUGGUCUCUUGAACACCAUUCUAGGGAGAAAAGCUCGAACGCCGGGCGAAUAUCUCCUCACAGAUCCCAAAACAGGCGAACAAAUGCCUGGCAAGCCACUACUCAACACUCGCGAAUUUAUUCACCCUUCAGUACGCUAUCGCAUGCACAAUGGUGGUCGUCAGCCAUCGAGUGAUCCGGAAGCGAAAUUGGGAGAGGGCGCAUACGCGCCGAAACCACUGGCAGAUUGGACGUAUAUUGCUGCGGGAGAAGAUACCCCAAAGGGUAUCAAAAUCGAUGCCAAGUGGGCCAAGGCACCUAAGUGGGUGAGAAAGUCCACGGGAACGUACAUUGUGGAAGACAAGAUUGUGGACGGAAGCUUGGAGGCUGUCCUGGCAGAGACUUGGAGUGGCGUGGGGAAUUGGUUGAAGUUGUGAUUGGGUAGGUGCGAAUACCAAACGGGUAGAAAUGGUUGCUUAUCCCACUUCAGCUCGUAGCUGUCGAGAUCCUACUCCUAAGUCUUGGGUUUUCAGACGGAACAACAACAUCUCUACUUGAUUCCGCCGA